AUGGCUGACGAAUACGACGCCGUCGAGGCUGCCGAGAUUAAGAAGAAGAGAGCCUUCCGCAAGUUCUCCUACCGUGGAAUCGACCUCGAUCAACUCCUCGACCUCUCCUCCGAUCAACUCCGUGAUGUUGUCCACGCUCGUGCUCGCCGCCGCUUCAACCGCGGUCUCAAGCGCAAGCCCAUGGGUUUGAUCAAGAAGCUCCGCAAGGCGAAGCAAGAGGCCAAGCCCAACGAGAAGCCCGACCUUGUCAAGACGCAUCUCCGUAACAUGAUUGUCGUCCCUGAGAUGAUUGGCUCUGUUAUUGGUAUCUACUCCGGCAAAGAGUUCAACCAGGUUGAGAUCAAGCCCGAGAUGGUUGGCCACUACUUGGGGGAGUUCUCGAUCUCUUACCACCCAGUCAAGCACGGACGUCCCGGUAUUGGUGCUACCCACUCCUCCCGUUUCAUUCCCCUCAAGCGGAGCAACGUUAUGGUGGUUUUGGAAGUCCAAGCAAGCCAAUGGCCAUGCCAGAUCAACAUUAUGGGCUGUCCUGUAUCGAUAUGCUGGAAGAAUGCGCCUUUAAGUAAACUCUCAGUCCUCAACCUCCCAUUUCUAGCCAGUCAUCCCCCUCCAUCAACCCAACUUUGCUUUACCUGCGUGUGCCCUCUCCUUUGCCUCCUAGCUGCCGUCGAAUCUAAGGAUUUCUACACUCACGUUUUCUGGACCAACACAACGGCAAUGACGGACAUUGGCGGACCUGACCGGGAGAGUCCCGCGAAACCCCCAUUUCAAGCCCAGGUCAUACAUAAGCUACAAUUCCCGGAGACUGGGAGGUAG